AUCACUGUUUCGCUUUUUAAUAGCGCUUUUUUUAAUCUCACAAUUUGUUAUCACGGCGAAUGAAAUUCUACUGCUUGUCUUCUAAUAGCUAGUGAAUGGGGCAUUAAGUAUUACUUCCUCCAUGCGCAAUCGUUGAGUUCAUCACUAGAAAUGAGAUAUCAUCAUAUAUUUCUAACAAAUGCACUUUGACUCACAUAAACUAUAUUCACUACAUUUCUCGUUUUCUUUUGUGUGAAUCAAGUUCAAAGGUGUAUGCAUAUAUCGAACUAAAUGAGUGGAAUGUCAUAUCAUGCAUUACCUGGACUGUCUAACAAUGAGCCUUUCAUAGCUUAUGGAAUCCAACCUGGGUUCGUCAAACAGGUUAGAGAAAAGUUUCAAAGUGAAAUAUCUAUGCAUGAGCUCUCAAAAAACUCACAAAGUUUUGCUAAACAUCAUUCAGCCACAGCUCGACUUGCAAGUGAGUAUGAAAAUAUACUACACAAUGAGUUAAGAAUUCAAAGGCAUAACACGUACCCUAGUAGAAGAAUUCAAUCGGCGGGAAGAGUUUCCGACUCCUCUUAUUCAUCCAACAGGAAUACACACAAAUUUCCAAGACCUUCAGACAGAGAAAAUUUAUCGCCUUCUAAUGGUUUGAAAAAGAACACUAAUAACCAAGGGAAUACGAAUGGUUUUUCUCAGAGUCAUUCCAAUCAAACAGCUACAAUUAUUAGAAAUCAUUCCGUCAAACUUUGCAGGUUUGACGAUGAUUCGUCAGUCAGAAAGAAAGAAAUGCAUAGCAACAGGCAUUCAAAAUCAUUCUCUUUUUCUAAACCUAGUGGAUCUGACAAAAACUGGCGUGAACCCACACCAGUUUCUCAUAUUAAUAAUAAACCAAACUUCGAGUUCAGACAACCCGCACCGCUACCAAAACCAACAAAAAGUGAGUUAAUGCAGGAUCCUUUGAUUAAUUUCAUUAUACCAAGGGGAUUUCAGGCAAGUAAUCAGUUUAGUCAACGUGCUUAUGAUACUGAUGCAUUCAGCAACACUCAUAAAUCUCCCCAGUUACUUGGUGAUAAUGUAGAAGGCGAUAAACUUAAUCUGAAUAACCACCUUCAUAAUAAUUUAAUAAGUCAAGGAAAGCAUACGAAAGGAAAUAAAACAAUAAAAAUCGACCCUAGAAAUACUCAAAACUCGAGUUCACCCUUUAAACCUGUGGGAAAUAUUCACAUAGACAAUCCUCAGAACACCAAAUUACUUGAUGAUUCCUAUGAGGCUGGCAAUAAAAAUCAAAGCAACAGUAAGAUUCGCACAACAGUGGGUGAUGGUCACAAGAGUAUGGAGUAUUUAAAUACUAAAGAAAACAUUCACGGCGGAAAAAUGAACGUAAUUAAAACAGCAUCACAAGGUAGUAUAGUUCACAAAACUAAUAGUACCAGUGGUGACUUUCAAACUCUUGUGCUACCAGUUGUUUCAAGUGAGUUUAGAAACAACACCACAUCAUCUGGUUCUAUACCGCCAACAUCCAUAUUAUCUCCAUCUCAGUCUCGAUUUAACAUUGUGAAUGGAAAUACUUCUUACUCAUCAAAAAGAAACCCCAAGAGUGAACCGAUUUGUGAUUUAACCUCAGCAAACAGUACCAUCUACUCUACCAAACUUACGCAACAUUUGAAGAAAACGGAAAGACAUGAUGAUGUGAACCAGGUUACUUUUCAUCCCGAUGGUUUUUCUAAUAAUGGAAAUCUAAUUGCUACUGCUGAAGCACCUCCAGCAUUACAUAAAAGUGAAUUUAAAGUUAGCAAUGUGCCACAGGUCACCCACCUUAGCACCAAGCAUAAUGAAGAAGUUUCGGUUUCAAAUACCACCCCUCAUUCUUCUGGCCCAUUUAACUCAACAAAACCACCUCUUACAGUGAAUCCCGAAAAUAUAGACAAGGGGGAAAACAAACAUAAUGUUGUAGGCGAAAAUGGAUGCUGUCCACAAAACACUGACAAAAUCACCGCUUCAGAAUCAGAUACAGCAAGUAAACAGAAUGCGAAAUCUUCUAACCUUCCAUACCACAAAAGGCAAGUAAACUGUUCUAUUCUGGACAGUGUAAUGGGUGAAAUGCAGCAGCUGUUUGCAGGGAAACAAACAAUAACGCCAAGCAAAAAAUCAAAAAUACAUGAUUUUGCGAGGGAAAAGGCUAUGCAAUGUAGAGAAGAAAGAGAAGAUGAUAGGAACAAUCUAUCAAAUAUCACAAAUGUAAAUGAAUCAACAGAAAAUGAGGUUGUGGAGCCAAAUCCUGAUAUUCAAAUUGCAGGCACAUCUGCGUCUACCGCAACAGAUAAUUUUAAGAGACAUAAGCAAUCCAAAAGUUUUCAAUCAGCACUUCAGGCGGUCGAGAAAAAUCUGAAACUGGUUCGUUUUUCAGAAAGUAAAGAUAGUUCAAACUUUGUUAAUACAACUAAUGAAGGUACAAAGCAUUGUAAUCAGAAUGUCAAUGGCAGUUUACCAGGCAAUUCCGACGUUAGGAAACACAUAUUUGAACCGGGCAGUUCUCCUUCUUCUACAACGGACAAAACACCUGUAUUACAUAAUCAAACGGUAUGUAUGAGUAAGCCUCAACAUGGUAUUCAUCUUUUACCAGAUAACAUCUUAAUGAAUGAAGUACACAUUUUCACACUAUUCACCAAUAUACCUUGUAUUAACUAACAUUAAUCAUAACAUUUAAUAAGUAUAACAUAAAUAAACACAUUCAACAGUUUUAAACAAUAUAUAUAUAUAUGCACUGUAAAUUACUUUCCUUCACACCUGGACUAACAAUUAAGAACACUCCUUUUUCAUAUUUAUUCUGCCUGUGAAAAUUGGGAGUUGGUGAGAUAACAGAUCAACAUAUACAAUCGUCAGUGAAAAAAAGUUGCACGAUUAAGAAAACAAUUUAUUCAAGGUAAAUCAUCAACUAAAGCUAUAAGUCUAACAUACUAACCUACAUAAAACAAACCAUAAUUUUGAUAAAGCUAUGUUUCAUGAAUGUGACUCAAUUACAUCUGAAUACUAGAAUUAUAAGGAAGAUUUAAUACAUUUUCAAAAGACUUCUAUCUACUUCAAGGUGGAUCAUGUGCUGACAUCAGUUGGAGAACCAUUGGAAGACUAGGGGGAGUACUGAACAGCUAUUUCAUCUUAGUUUGCGCCCCUUCAGUAGUAGGCACCGAUCAGGAUAUCCUAUUUAUAAGGCAAGCUCAACUUCUAGGACCUGAAUAAAUGGCCUAUGAAUUCUAAAGUAUCACCAAUUGAUAGUUUCUAUAGCAACUGAUUAUUUUUAUUACUAAAUAAAACUUCGGUCCUAUAUCUUCAUUUCAUUUCACAAAACUUUCUUUUCUGUUCAGACUAUCCUCUAUAUAACUAACCAUUCUGCAGAGAAAUUUAUUAAAGAAACUUAAAUCAUUAAUGAGACUGGAGACUGUUUCACACAUCAAAGAUCACAGAAAACUUUAUGUUUCGAAGUAGCACCUUCCAGAAAUACUACUGUCAAUCAAAAGUUCAUAUUUCUGUGAGAAUUAUUACCAAUCCAUAUCAAGUGUGUAUAAUUAUCAUUUAAUAGUGUUAUACAAACACAUUGAAGAGAAAUUAUUGUUAGUGUAAAUAAAAAAAUAACACCAACUAUUAACGUUUUCUUUCUUGUGGUACAAUCUUUAUGUUGUUUAGAUUGACAGAAUCACAAAUGUUUAUAAAUUUUAGCUUGGACCAUAAUUGAACCAUACUGAUGUAUAAUAAAUCUGUACAGAAAAAACAACAACAGAAAUGAAUUCCUCAACUUUUACUAACUCCAUUAACCUUAUUUUCAUAUAUAUGUAUAUAUAUGCUCAACUAUGCGUCAGCACAAAUCCUCACAAUUAUUCACACUUAACUAUGUAACAAAAAACAAAAAAAAGAUAUUUGUAGUAAAAUUCCUGUACCAUAUAAAAUGAAAAUAUCCAAUAAUGAAAAUUUUAUUAAACAUCAAAAUUUACUAAAUGAACUUAAUUCAACUCAAGUUAUCUCAAUGAAAAGUCCAAUCAAAGAAGAAAAUCAACGAAUUGAAAAUCAUCUUAAUGAACGAUUAGUUGAAAAUAAUGAACUUAGUGAUUCAAGUAUUAGUGAUUCACAAUUUUCAAUAACUCGUGCAAGAACAUCAUUUCCACGUCUACAUUGGCCAAUUGUAAACAGUUAUAUGUGGUCUUCAAAUAAAAAUAGUAAAACCUUUAUACACUCCGCAUAC